AGUUUAAAGAGAUAGUCAGGAACAUCCACCUCCACGUCCAGAUUCGUCUCCUGCCCUUUUAGCCUCUUCCUUCUUCUCUAACCAGUGAUUUGCAUCACUCACGGAGAGCCAUUGUGCCUGGAGGCAAUACCCCAAAAAUGUUCAUUUUGCUUCUUCAAGGAUUUAUUGCAGCUUUGUCAGUGUUCCUCUCCAGCCAGAUGUCUCCAGUAACUGCCCUACCAGCUCAGAACACUACCUCUUCAAGGCUCGAAAAUAUGGACAGCCUUUCUGUGCCAAACACUAUCUUCGCCCUCAACCUCUUCAAGAAGCUUAGUGCAAAUGAUCCUUGCAACAACUUGUUAUUUUCUCCUUUGAGUAUCUCUUCUGCACUGCUAAUGGUCUCAUUGGGCGCCAGAAAUAACACAGAAGCUCAGAUAUUAAAGGUGUUAUCUCUACCAAAAGAUGGAGAGGUUCACCAAAGAUUGGAGAAACUUAUUUCUGAUAUCAACAAACCAGAUGCCAAUUAUAGCCUCAGUCUGGUCAACCAGCUCUUUGGAGAAACAUCAUAUGAUUUUCUUGCAUCAUUUGUAGAAUCCACUCAGAGAUUCUACCAUGCAGGUCUGGAGAAACUUAACUUCAAACAAGGUUCAGAAGAUUCAAGGAGACAUAUAAAUGCCUGGGUAGAAGAAAAAACCUCAGGAAAAAUUCAGGAUCUGCUUGUCCCGGGAAUAAUUGAUUCGCUUACAAAACUGGUUUUGGUGAAUGCUAUCUAUUUCAAGGGAAACUGGGAGAAUAAAUUCAACAAAAAUCACACAGAAGAACAGCCAUUCUGGAUUAAUAAGAAAGAAAGGAAAACAGUGCAGAUGAUGUUCAGGAAAGGAGUAUACAACACGACCUACAUAUCAUCCUAUGAGAUUUCUAUUCUUGAGAUUCCAUAUUUUUUUAAUGACUUUAGCCUGAUCAUUCUGCUCCCUGAUAAGUUUAACGAUAACUCUAUUGGAUUGGAAAAGCUGGAGAGAGAAAUUACAUAUGAGAAAUUCAUGGACUGGAUCAAUCCAAAGAAGAUGUUCUCAAGAGAAACUGAGGUCUCCUUGCCCAAAUUUAAACUGGAAGAAAAAUAUGACCUGAAGCCUGUUCUGAGAAGCAUGGGAAUGACGGAUGCAUUUGAUGAGAGCAAGGCAGACUUCUCUGGAAUGUCAACUAACAAUGAUUUAGUCAUAUCUGAAGUUGUUCACAAAUCAUUCAUAGAAAUCAACGAAGAAGGCACUGAGGCAGCUGCUGCCACUACUGUAAUAACGGUAACUAAGAGUACAAUAAUUGCAGAAUUCAAAGCUGACCAUCCCUUCCUCUUUUAUGUUAUCAAGCGAUCUACAAACAGCAUCCUGUUCUUGGGUAGAUUUAGUUCUCCAUAAUGGGUGCAUCCAGCAUAUGUUGGUACAAUCGCUCUGACCCUUAAUUCCUCAUCAGAUUUGUUUAAACUGUGUGGUACUGAACUUUCACUACCACACUUACCAUCUUCUCUAUAAUUAGGGUAAAGAUAGUUCCUUCAUAAUUCUCCAUAAUACUGGAUUUUAAUUCUUUCUUUCAGGACAGAAUCAUUUUUAAUCUAUUCAAGAAAAUAAGUUUUUAGAAUAAGUGUUCUGACUGGUAGAUAAAUACUGCAAAAUUGCUUUGGUUAUAGGAAUGUGGGUUGUGGGGAAAUAGUUGCUAAACAUGAAUCAAUGUAUUACAACACAGAUGUACGUAGCUUCUUCUCCAGAAACACUACACUACUAGCCAGAGCUUAUAAAACAUUUGCUAGACCAAUUCUUGAAUACAGCUCGCCUGUCUGGAACCCAUUCCACAUUUCAGACAUCAAUACAAUUGAACAUGUCCAGAAAUAUUUUACAAGAAGAGUUCUCCACUCCUCUGAAUACAACAAAAUACCUUAUGUCACCAGACUUGAAAUCUUGGGUUUAGAAAACUUAGAACUCCGCUGCCUUCGACAGGACCUGUGUUUAACUCAUAGAAUCAUCUAUUGCAAUGUCCUUCCUGUUAAAGACUAUUUCAGCUUCAAUCACAACUAUACAAGAGCAAACAAUAGAUUUAAACUUAAUAUUAACCACUUCAAUCUUGAUUGCAGAAAAUAUGACUUCUGUAACAGUGUUGUUAAUGCUUGGAACACACUAUCUGACUCUGUGGUCUCUUCUUAAAAUCCCCAAAGCUUUAACCAAGAACUGUCUACUAUUGGCAUCACCCCAUUCCUAAGAGGUCUGUAAGGGACGUGCAUAAGAGCACAAACGUGCCUACCGUUCCUGUCCUAUUGGUUCCUUUCAUUAUAUCCAAUUAAUAUAGUUAUUUUCAUGCUUAUGCUUAUAUAUAUUGUUGUGACAAAAUAAAUAAAUAAAUAAAUAAAAUAUAACUAUGUAUUUGCCCAGUAUACAUUUCCAUGUGAUGAUACAAGUAGAGUCAGCUCAGCUUCCAUUGUGACAUCAUGUUUUUUCAUUUGAGUGACAACAUGGCUAGCUGUAGAUGCCGCUGCUUGACUUAUAAUAGCAAGUGUACACAGGGCUAGAAUGAGCAAACAUUUUUGUGGUCAUCACUUAAGCAAGCAAUUUGAUUCUGUGCAACUCAAAUAUUUACAAAUGCUAUCUACCUUAUAUAAUUCUUAUUUUGCUGCAGUCUUUCAUGUAAUCAAAACUGAAAUAAAAGAGCAUUUGAUUA